AUGCAAAGCUCGACAAGUACAGACCAGCAUGUGCUACAUCACAUGGACCCUCAUAGGUUCACAUCGCAAAUACCUACUGCUUCAUCGUCGCAAUUGAGGAGAAGAAAUAGUACGAACCCCGGUCUAACAGACAUGAUCAACAAGAGUAUUGCAAGAAACACGAUAGGUGGUACCGGCAUUCCUACGGGAGGUAUCAACAAAAAGAAAAAUUCAAGAAGCACGGUUGCAGGUGGUACAAAUAGCACGGCAUUGGCCUUCAAUGAUAAACCGAUCAACAGUAAUAGCAGCAAUAGGUUAUCAAUAAAUCAGAUCGGUAACAUACAGCAGCACCUAAGUAAUAGAGAUCCGAGGCCAUUAAGGGACAAAAAUUUCCAAAACGCCAUUCAAGAAGAGAUUUUUGAUUAUUUGAAGAAAAAUAAAUUUGACAUCGAAACAAACCACCCCAUUUCAAUAAAGUUUUUAAAACAACCUACCCAAAAAGGUUUUAUCAUUAUCUUUAAGUGGUUAUAUUCCAGACUCGACCCAGGUUAUGGUUUCACUAGGUCAAUUGAAAAUGAAAUCUACCAAAUUUUAAAAAAUUUACGUUAUCCGUUCCUAGAAUCAAUCAAUAAAUCGCAAAUUUCUGCCGUAGGUGGUUCGAAUUGGCAUAAAUUCCUGGGUAUGUUACAUUGGUUAGUACGAACAAAUAUCAAACUGGAUAUGUGUUUAAAUAAAGUGGAUCGUUCAUUGAUCAGUCAAAAUACGCAAGAAAUGACAAUCUUAAACCAACCUUUAAAAACUUUGGAUGAACAGGACCAAAGACAGGAAAAAUACGAGCUCAUGGUGGAAAAACUUUUAAUCGAUUAUUUUACAGAAUCCUACAAAAGUUUUUUAAAACUAGAAGAUAAUUACGCCCCAUCGAUGCAAGAUUUGAAAUCGGGUUUUGAAAAAUUUGUUCAUGUAAUCAAUGCGGAUAUAUCUAAUUUGCAAAAUCAGAAUGACACUCUUUAUGAAAAGUAUCAAGAAGUUAUGAAAAUAAGUCAAAAAGUCAAAACUACUAGAGAAAAAUGGAAGGCGCUAAAAAGUGAUUCUAACAAAUAUGAGAGUUAUGUUAAUGCAAUGAAGCAAAAAAGUCAAGAAUGGCCAAGUAAAUUAGAAAAGAUGAAAUCUGAAUGUAGCGUGAAAAAAGAAGAGAUUAAAGCUUUAGAAACUAAUAUUGAUGAAUUGCACAAAAUUUUGAAAAGAAAGGGGAUCUCCACUGAACAAUUUGAAUUACAGAAUCACGAAAGAGAAGAGCUAACAAAGGAACUGGAUAAAAUAAACUUUCAAUCCGAUAAAUUAACGAGUUCCAUCAAGUCUAGAAAGCUAGAAGCUGAGGGUAUUUUUAAAAGCUUGUUGGACACCUUGAGGCAAUACGAUCUAUCAAUACAAAACUUGGUAAGAUCGCGUAAUCAAUUAGGUCAUCAUGUUGAUGAAUCGUGUUUAAAAAUCAACAUUCCAGAUAAUCUGCUAGACGCAGAACUUCACGAUAGCAUUACAUACCAGCAAUUAUUACCCAAAGGAUCCGGAAUCAGCGAAUCUAUUAAAAAAUGCAUAUUAAAAUUAAAUGAUGAUAUCCAUGAAAGGAUCAAAGCUAUUGAGAAAGAUAAUACAACAUUAGAAAAAGAUAUCAAAAACUUGAAAUAUGACAUAAAUGAGAAAACCCAAGUCAACGAAAGACUCGAGUUGGAGUUAUCUGAAGCAAACUCCAAAUUUGAACUUUCCAAACAAGAAAACGAACGAUUACUAGUAGCACAGAGAAUUGAAAUCGAAAAAAUGGAGAAAAAAAUAAGUGACUCAAAUCUUUUAAUGAAAACCAAAAUAUCAGACGCUGAAGAAUUAGUGACUUCGACAGAGCUAAAAUUGGAAGAAUUAAAAGUUGAUCUGAAUAGGAAACGAUACAAGCUGCAUCAAAAAGUGAUUCAUGUAAUUGAUGUAACAAGUAAAUUUAAAAUCAGUAUUCAAUCAUCAUUAGAAAACUCCGAAAAUAGCUUGGGAAGCAUUAUCGAAGAGCUAAAACAUUUGGAGUUUGACAAGGAACAUCAGUAG